ACCGCAGGCCACGCGGCGCGAUGCUGGGAGGUGCUGCCCGCCCCCGAGAGGCAGGUGGCGGCCAAGCAAUCGAGGGCUCGCUAGGACCCAGGAGGCGCUGGGCUGGGAGCGGGGACGGGAGGUCACACACGGCCCCAGCAGCAGGAAGCGGAUUUCACUCGCUACAGGGUAACUCCCGGGCGCUGCCGUGUGCCUGCCCGGCGCCCUGCGGCGUCCCCUUGCCAGAUCCCCGAGCCCCGGCCGCAGAGGGGAGAGGUUCAUCUCGCGGGAGUCUCAGCCCUACGGCUUCCCAAGAGGCCGAUCUUCCGGCUCCCCCACCCCCAAAGAGCUGGGACCCCAGAUCCAGGAGGAAAACACCUCCCACUGAGCAGCGCCUGCUCCACUUGGAGCCAAGCUUCACACCGUAGUGUCAUCAGGCAGCGCUGUUCAGAGAACUGACUGCUUCUGUAGCUCCCCAGGGCCUCACCGCUGCUGGAAGGAAUCAUAGAAACGUAGGGCUGGAGGGGACCUCGAGAAGUCAUCAAGUCCAGCCCCCUGGGCUGAGGCAGGACCUAGACCAUCCCUGAUAGCGGGCGACAGGAUGGUGAGAGAGGAUGAGGAAGAGAAUCCACGGCAGGCAGGCUGUAAGGAGGCACAACCCCAUGGGGCAUCAUCCAGAUGCUCCAAAGAAGACAUUGCAUCAAGCCUCGAGCAGGGAAAAGCUUCUGAGAGUCAGCACAGGGCAGAAAGGCAGCAGGGAAAGCAGCCAGGGAAGAAAGGGUGUCAAGCCAUUAGCUCUAGUAGAGGUGGAAAGGACAUCCUGGAAACCUCAAUGCAGCAGAGACCCCAUACAAGAGAAAAAAAACCUCCACCCACCGAAUGUGAGAAAAGAUUCAAUAUGAGCAAACAGCUUGGUAGAUCUCAGCUCCCCCACUCGGCAGAGAAGCCCUAUAAAUGCCAGGAGUGCGGGAAAAGUUUCAAUCAGAGCUCCAACCUUAUUCUGCACCAGCGAACGCACACGGGGGAGAGGCCCUACAAAUGCCUCGACUGCGGGAAAAGUUUCAAUCGGAGCUCGAGCCUCGUCGUGCAUCAGAGAAUCCACACGGGAGACAAACCCCACAAAUGCACCAAAUGUGGGAAGAGUUUCAUUCAGAGCUCCAACCUGACGACACACCAAAAAAUCCACACGGGAGAAAAAAACUGUCAGUGCCCAGAGUGUGGGAAAAUGUUCAGCGACAACUCAGCCCUGAUUAAGCACCGAAGAAUCCAUUCGGGACAGAAACCCUAUAAAUGCCCAGAAUGCGGGAAAGGGUUUAGUGACAGCUCAACCUGUAUUCGACACCAGAGAACCCACACGGGAGAGAGACCCUACAAAUGCCUGGAUUGUGGGAAAAGCUUCAAUCUGAGCUCCAACCUAGUUACGCACCGGAGAAUCCACACGGGGGAAAGACCCUAUAAAUGCCUUGACUGUGGGAGAAGCUUUAGUCAGAACUCGCAUCUGAUUAAACAUCAGAAAGUCCACACGAGGUUGAAAUCUUGAAUGCGGGAGCGGUUGCAGUCGGGGCUUUGGUUGGGUUUGGAAUCAGCAAAUCCAUACAGGGAAGAAACUUCCUUGAUGUCCUGAGAAGGGAAAAUGUUAUGGGGGUGGGGGAAUGCAAACAAUGGUAUUAUUUUGCGGGGGGGAGGGGAGAAAUUAGACAUAUGAAUGCUUGCUGGGAAGGGAGGAGAAUUUUUGAGUGGGGAGGGAUGGGGAAGACAGGCAUAAAGUGGCUUGACUUGGUGCGAAACCUGACAAUCCUGCAGCGAUCUGGCCUUCCAUCCGCCGUUCGUUCUAUCAAAAAGCGGCGCGGCCACGGUGGCCGUCUCGCCGCGAUGGAGAAAAAAGCUCCAGCAGGGUGUGUGCCUUGACUCUCCCCGGUGCCGCCCCCGGGGCCACCCCGGACACUGGUGGCUUCACAGGAUUGAGCCAGAUCUGAGAACUUCACUCCACGACGUCUGGGACGACACCAUUGACUGAGGUCACAGGCUGGUGCAGUAGUCCCCGGUGGACUGGGUGUGUUUGAUGAAGGUGUUUGAUGGCUCAGGGCUGCAGCAUGGGAAGGGAGGGAUUAUGGGACAGGAGAAAUGAGGAUGAGUGAUAGGGAUGG